AGCUGAUGCGUUCUUUUAUUUAGCAAACCAAUCUUGCGAUCCCCCAUAGUCUUGGCAAGUUUCUUGAUUUCUCACUCGCUCCAUUUGCGAGUGCCACAAACGCUUCCGAUUCCGAUCUUUGACGAUCUCGUUCAUCAUCAUGUCCUCUGGUCACCGGCAUUACAACGUGAAGGUUCUCAACGAGGAGUCCGAUUUUGAAGCACUCGCCUCCAAAGACGGCUAUAUCUCGAUUUGUGGCUUCGGUUCGCUGCUCUCCGAGAAAAGUGCGAAAAGCACAUUUCCGGAGCUUAUAAACUUCAGAAUCGCCAGGUUGACCGGCUUCCGCCGUGUCUUCACGGGGGUGGGAGGCCUCUUCUUCGUUCACGGCAUUGCUAACAUGGCAACUGAGGAGAUUGCUGGCCUCUCUGUUGAGCCUUGUGAAGGUGAAAUCAUUAUAGUCACAGUUUUUGAGAUUAAGAAAUCAGAGAUUCCAGCUUUUAUUGAAAGGGAGCGCGAAUAUCGAUUUUUAGCUGUCGUCCCUGAAACGCUGGACGGGAAGCCUUUUCCCAAUGAAGCAGUCCUUUGUUCUUCUUCUAGCGAUGAGGAAUUUUUCAAAUUUAGGUGCAAAGAGGGCAGGGAAGUUUAUUUUCAGCAAUAUGGAGAAUACAAGAUCCAUAAGAUUUGGCGGGAUGAUGUUCUACCCUGCCGUGUUUAUCUGCGACACUGUUUGCUGGCAGCGAAAAACCUUGGUGAUGAAGCUUACAAUAAUUUUCUGGAUCAUACCUUCCUUGGAGACCGUAAGACAACCAUACGUCAGUACUUAGAAAAGGUGGGAACGAGCAUUAUGGAUGAAGAACCACCCGAAUCUUUAAGAGCCCGUUAUGGCGGUUGACGAAAGCAAGAAACAAUGUACUUCCAGUGAAGGCUCUCAUCUUUGCUGCUUCUGGAAAAUUGUUAUUUUCAUCAAUGACAUAUUGUGAGGUCUGGAAUUCAGAAUUAAACUAGAGAGUAGAGAAGAGGGUCUUGAGCCAAUAUGACAGACAUCUUGGAAUGAGGAUAUGGGCAUUGACUCAGUAAUAGUUGGCAAAUAGGAAUGGUGGCUACAACGAAAAUGGAGAAUGAGCCCUUGCAUCGCAAAAUUUACAUGUUUAUGCUUUUAGAAAUAACUUUUUCAUUAGAAUUGUUGUUUGAGGGAAAUUGAGUGGUACACCCACUUUGCCUGAGGAAGUUAUUUUUCGCUUUACAAGGAGCAAGAAGCAAACAUCAUUGAUGCUAAAGUUUCAAGCAUUCUUUGGA